AUGCGCAAUAUGGCAAAUGUUACAGCCAAUGCAGGCGCUCCGCCUCCACCACCUCCAGGACCUUCACCGUCUCAGAUUCCUACAUCCUCCCAGCGUGUUACUUGCACCCGUCAUCCAGCGAGGGAGCUUACAGUUGAAGAAAUUACUGCUGGCUAUACACGUUGUCUUGAAUGUCGCACAAAGAACCAUGAGGGGGCUAUGAAGCGUCGAAAGCUUGGGGAUCUUACUAUUAGAUUAUCUGUUGAACCAGGUAUCCCAAGUCACAUACCUCGCGAUUUCCAUAGCUCUCAGAGGCGGAAGCAGCCCCGUACAAUCUUGCCUAUCCCGUAUACUCCGUUGUUAACGCCCCCAGUAUCAACGCCAUCACUACCGCCAACGCUUACUGUACAUUUUCCUACCCCUGCGGCUCCUCCUCAACUCGCAUUCGGUCCCAGUACACGUACAUCGGAAAGUAGUUCUGAAGUACCACAGUAUUUCAGGCGCGGGCAAUAUAGCGGUGACACCCAAAAGACAGCAGCAGCUAGACGGGAGCGGGACAAUAUACGUCGUGAUCAUCGAUAUCGGGAGAGGGCAGGAGAAGAAGUAUCACCUACCCCAAAUACCUCACAGAUAAGGCCACGACUUGCUCCUGCCACUUUGUCAAGUCCAUUGUCGUCGGCUCUUGCAACUAGUCAAUUAGAUGCGCCUCUGGGUUUACGCCAUACAAUCCGCCUGCAACUCCAGUACUUGGAUGUUCCAGUAAUGCAUCAACAUAUCGUGGACGUGGACGUCGUGAUUCUAUUCGGUCAUUAUCUCGAUCUCCGUCUCUAUCGCUGUCUCCAACUGAGAAACCAUACUUCACUUAUGUUUGGUGUACAUUCCCUCGAGCUAAUCGACAUGCUUAGCCUACUAAUCAUGUCAACUCUCAACACCAUCAGGGCAAGACGUGUGACUAUUGUGUUAACAAGAGUAAUCUCGAAACUAAUAAGAUGGCAUACUUGCUCAAUUGUAUUGUUGAAGGUCACGAGGCUCCUGCUAGAGACUUCUUCCGGGAUUGUGGAACGGGUAUAG